AUGCGUGCUGUUCUACCUCACAGUCAAGUCAUUGAGGAACGUCAUUAUCGGUCUCAACAGGCCCGAUACUGGGCGUCCAAUCAAGCAGACUUCACACCAUCAUGUCGCAUAUCGCCUAGGACGAGCGAGGAACUCGGCGCCUUGAUCUCGCAGCUCGUUGAGUUCGGUGACGAUGUGAAGUUUGCCAUUUCGAGCGGCGGGCAUGCAACUGCGUUUGGCGCCUCGAACGUCGAUGACGGGAUCACAUUGGAUCUUUCUGCCCUGGACUCUAUAUCACUGGCCUCGGAUCGGUCUUACGUGGAUGUUGGAACUGGAGCUCGUUGGAUCGAUGUCUACCGCAUUCUCGAUCCCUUCGACUUGACGGUCGCCGGCGGAAGAGCUGCAUCGGUGGGCGUGGGCGGAUACCUGCUGGGGGGCGGCAUCUCCCUACUCUCAAGCCUGUGCGGCUGGGGCGCCGACUCUGUCGAAGAGAUCGAGGUCGUCCUGGCGAAUGGCACCUUCAUUGCAGCAUCCGCAUCCGCCCACCCCGACCUCUUCGCCUGCCUCAAAGGAGGGGUCAACAAUUUCGGCAUCGCCACCCGCUUCCGCAUCAAGACCUUUUCGACUCAUGGUCCUCUUCACGUCUCCCUCCUGCAAUACUCCCACGAGCACAUCCCUGCGGUGCUCCGCGCGCUUACAAACAUCACGCAAAAUGCUCACAUGGACCCUAACUCCGCGUCAGCGGACCUUUCUGUCGGCUUCGACACUACGCUAAACAACCACGAGCAAAACAACACAGUGUAUAUGCUCAUGCUGACUCGAUUAGUUCCGCAAGAGGAGCAACAAGGUACUCCUACGGACGCAAAUCCCCUGCCUCCGCCACUAUGGCAGCCCUUUUUUGACAUUCCAACCCUAACAAACUCGACGUGGAGAUCAACCAUGAGCGACGUCGCUCAGCUUGUCGAGAUGAGUAACCCUUAUGGGUUCCGGUGA